UAGGACUCGGUGGAGGAUAGGAUUGUUUUUGCUUGAAGUGCAAUAUUACUUCAUAUUUAAAGGUUCGAGCGGAAUUAAUGGUUUUUUCAAAUGGAUCGCUCAUAUUUAAAAGAAAGAGAUAUUGAAGUAGAUAUCGAAGAUGGUGGAACAACCAGUGAAGAUGAAAGAACCAAAGGCCAUGGUUCAUAAAAUUUGCAAACAAAGAGAACUUCCAGUAAUGUUUGGAGUGAUCUUUUGACUUUUGAUAGAGUAGGCAAGGGUAAAUGUGGCAUAAACUCUUGCGGUAGUUACUUGAUUUUUGGCUGGAUUGAGGGUGAGAAUAUGGAAUUCUUGGUGGACAAGAGUUCAGAAGGAGAAGAGAAUAGUGAACUAAUGGCGCUGGUGGAAAAGAAUUUCGCAGAGGAUAAGUGUAAGAAGACAAAUUCUAGGAAGCCUCCCAAGCCACCACUGCCUCCUAAAGGUCCACUGUUGGAUGCAGCAGACCAGGAGUCGGUGAGGGAGAUUGCCGAACUUGCCAUGAGAAAACGUGCAAGGAUGAAACGGAUUAAAGCGAUGAAGAAGAUGAAGGCUGCAUCAUCAUCAAACAGUAGCCUUUCUGCUAUGGUCAUCACAGUUAUCUUUUGCCUUGUCAUACUCUUUCAAGGUAUAUGUUAUAGACGUGGUGCAAGUGUAAUGAUACAGGGAUCUCCCGCACCGGAAGUUGGCUCAAUUGAAAGCUUGAUUUCUGUUCAAUUUUACAGAAACUUUCCGACAUUUGAGAAACAUGACCAAGAUCCAACUAGCUUGGUAGAACAGCCGGUUUCCGGUUCAGUUCUGGAGGAAGAAACUAUGGAAGUUGACAGAUAAUGGGGAAAAACAGGUGAAGUUGCCUAUGUGGCAUU